AUGAUGUGUGGGUCGCUGUGUGACACUUCCUUCCUCUCAUAUUUGAAUAGACAGACACAGCAGAACCUCUCAACAUUGAGAAGCAUCCUGAAGUCCAUCGUCUGCAGGUGAUAUAAUCGUGUAAGAUGGCAUCCACGGCACACAUCUCAGCAGAGGAGAUUGAGGAAUUGAGAGAAGCUUUCACCAAAGUUGAUGUGGACGGUAACGGAUACAUCAGCACAGAUGAGCUGACUGAUUUGUUUAAGGCGGCUAACCUCCCGCUGCCAGGAUACCGCGUCCGUGAGAUCGUACAGGAGCUCAGCAGAACCAUGGAUCUCAACCAGGAUGGAAAGAUCACAUUUGAUGAGUUUGCCAAGGUGGUUCAUGAUCUGAAGAGCUCAGAGGUGGCUAAGACAUUUCGGAAAGCAAUCAACAAGAAGGAGGGCAUUUAUUCUGUAGCAGGAACCUCAGAACAAUCUGGAACCCAACAUUCAUAUUCUGAGGAAGAGAAAGUUGCAUUUGUGAACUGGGUCAAUAAAGCUUUAGAGAAAGAUCCGGACUGUCAGCAUCUUCUUCCAAUGGAUCCCAGUUCUGAUGAUCUCUUCACAGCGGUGGGAGACGGCAUUGUUCUCUGUAAGAUGAUCAAUCUCUCUGUUCCUGAUACCAUCGAUGAACGAACUAUCAAUAAGAAAAAACUCACACCUUUUACCAUUCAGGAGAAUCUGAACUUGGCAUUAAAUUCUGCCUCUGCGAUUGGUUGCCAUGUGGUGAACAUUGGAGCAGAGGACCUGAAAGAAGGCAGGCAGCAUUUAGUGCUGGGACUUUUGUGGCAGAUCAUCAAGAUCGGCCUGUUUGCUGACAUUGAAAUUACCAGAAAUGAAGCUCUGAUCGCUUUACUCAGAGAUGGAGAGAGUUUAGAGGAUCUGGUUAAACUUUCACCUGAGGAGCUGCUGCUGCGCUGGGCCAAUUAUCACCUGGAGGAGGCCGGAUGUCCCAAAAUCAACAACUUCAGCUCAGAUAUUAAAGACUCCAAGGCCUAUUACAACAUCCUGAACCAGGUGGCACCUAAAGGAGACGAGGAGGGAAUCCCCGCCAUUCCCAUUGAAAUGUCAGGAAUACGGGAGAAAGAUGACCUCAAGAGAGCCGAGUGCAUGCUGGAACAGGCCGAUCGUCUCGGAUGCCGACAGUUCGUCACGGCGACGGAUGUGGUCCGUGGAAAUCCCAAACUCAAUCUGGCAUACGUGGCUAAUCUGUUUAACAAGUAUCCCGCUCUAAAGAAACCAGAGAACCAAGAUAUCGACUGGAGCUCUAUUGAGGGAGAGACCAGAGAGGAAAGGACCUUCAGGAACUGGAUGAACUCACUGGGCGUCAACCCACGUGUCAAUCAUCUCUAUGUGGAUCUUGCAGAUGCUCUGGUUAUCUUUCAGCUGUAUGAGAAGAUCAAGGUUCCUGUGGAUUGGGACAAAGUUAAUAAACCACCAUACACCAAACUGGGCAGCAACAUGAAAAAGCUGGAGAACUGUAACUACGCCGUUGAGUUAGGAAAGAAAGAAGCCAAAUUCUCACUGGUAGGAAUUGCUGGACAGGACCUGAAUGAAGGCAAUCGAACUCUGACCCUCGCUCUCCUCUGGCAGCUCAUGAGGAGGUAUACUCUGAAUAUUCUGGAAGAUUUGGGUGAUGGGCAGAAGGUGAAUGAUGACACUAUUGUCAGUUGGGUGAAUAAUACACUUACAGAAGCAGGAAAGAAAACCAUCACCGGCUUUAAAGAUGGAUCUAUAAGCAGCAGCAUGCCAGUUUUGGACCUGAUUGAUGCCAUCCAGCCUGGAUCCAUCCGUUACGAUCUCGUCAAGGCAGAUGACCUAACAGAUGAUGAGAAACUCAAUAAUGCCAAGUACGCCAUCUCAAUGGCGAGGAAGAUGGGAGCACGUGUAUACGCACUGCCUGAAGAUCUGGUGGAGGUCAAACCUAAAAUGGUGAUGACGGUGUUUGCCUGCAUCAUGGCCCGAGGGAUGAGACGAAUCUAAACGUGAUGAUGACAUCAGCAAAGACAUUGACUGUCAGUAAUGAUGUCUGUUUGUUUAACUGGUACUCAAGAGGUUCAUGGGUAAACCUGGAAAUAUCUCUUAACAUCUUUAUUACUGUCAUUUCCAAAUCCAUGUUGAUUUGAUGAGUGAAUAUUGAUGUUUUCUUCUUCUGCUCUCUUUUAUCAGCUACAAUAUUUCUUAUGUCUUUAUUUUUCCUCUUUUAAAUGUUUACAAACUUCAGGCUAUAAACGACAGACUGUUAAAUCUCUUUAUUUUAACACACGGUUUAUGUUAAUGUUGCCACAGUAAAUUAAACAGGUACUUUUUUACUAAAAAUGUGCACAGCUGAAAUUAAAGUCUCAAUGAAACAUUUAUUGUCUGUAUACAAUAAAAGACUUUAUGCAUGAA